GCACAAGGCCCUGCAAAUCGAAGCGCUGUUGAAGCGGAUGAGCGAGAAGGUUUUUCUUCUGGACGCGAGCUUGUGGGGCGGAAAGUCGUUCAUGGUGAAAGAAUAUUUUCAGAAAUACAGCCGGUUACUAGAGAGAGGAGGACCACAGAACGACCACAACCCUGAGGAGAUGAACAGUAGACAUCCGAUGUCACAACUAAAAAACAGUAUUGUCGAACCUGAUGAAAAUAUCGCCGCUGAGAUGGAGAAAAUGCGUGCGCAGCCGGUGACGUUUCUGGUGCCCGAAUUGACGGAAGAUUUGGCUUUGCAUCUAUUGGAACAUUUUGCGAACGAGCAUUUGAUAUUGACUUUUAAGCCGGUUGAGCAAAAGAAUUAUAGAGAAGAACCUGCUUCUCUCGUCGAUACUGGCGAGGACAAGAGCCGUGGUGUCAGCAAGCAGGACCAGGAGCAGGCUGAAGUCGAUGCUGCGAACGGGGAGAACAAUGAUCUAGCCGUCACUGACGAUUUGGUGACAAACCGGAAAAAUAAAUCCGCGGACGAACAAGAAGCAGUGGACAAUAAGUGGCACUAUGAACUUAUGAACUGCAAAAGUAUCGUACUCGUAUAAAUGCAUGACAAAUUCCCUCAGCAUGUUGAGAAACAAAAUUUGUAAUGCGGAUCUACCUAGAGAAAAGAAUUUGUAAUGCAAGACUUGCAUUUGUACGAGUACGAUACUUUUGCACAGGAUAGAACUGAUGGACAUGAAGUUAAAAAACUGGGUCUUCUUUGACCAUAUGCAUUGCAAAUGUGUCCUCUGGGUGUGUGGAAACUUGUGAUGCUUGUACAUGUGUGAGAAGCUACUGACUCCAAUACGCAGCCACGCAUGAGAACAAAUUUAUCAGCGGUUAUGUGGUGCGCAACCUGCAGGAGAAAUCGCGUUUUUGCAUGACAGAGGGUUGUUGCUAGUCCACAACAUGCAUCUUCACAGAGUUCAGGAUCAGGGGUAUGGAUGCGAGUUCAGCAAUACAAGUCUCGCACUCUGCUUCCAGACCCAGAUCGAUAUUUGCAGUGCAUAGACCACCCCGCGGACCAGCAACACGCACAGGAGGAGCAGACAAUGAUUGGCACGCUCGUGAAUGGGAUGGCGGAGAAUGUGCCCACCCCACUCGCUUUCGUAGUGCUGAACAAAAAUUUCCUGCCCAAAAACCGCCAAAGCUUGCUGAAGAUGAUCCGGUACGCGACCUUGGAGCAGGACAACGUGCAAGUGGUUGGUACCGGAUUCGCGAAAAUCGGGAAUGUUUUGAACGACUGGUGCUACGUUUUGGAGUUGAAGGAUUGGCGGAUGAAGUUUUCCCCUUGGUACAGAGAGUCUUUACUCGCGGUGAAUACCCAGUUGAAACAGCAACUGCAGAUGAUGGGGUUAUCAAAUGCAAAAAUGUCUGGGUCUGGGAGAGGCACUCUGUUUUUGCAUGAGACAGAAGGUCUGGCAUGGAAGCCCUAGCAUCACAGGUUUCGAAAAGGUUCCGCAAUGCCUAAUCCGCAUGACAAGUCCCCCACUUUGGUGGCAGAAAGUGGGCAACUUUUGCUGUCUAUGCAUGAGAGAUUUGUGUGUGCUGUGAAAUGCGCAUCACAAGUUUGCACACUUCCAGACCCAGACAUAUUUGCAAUGCAUAGGGGUCGCUGCAGAACCAAAGAGUUGAUGGAGAUCACGCAGGAGCUGCGUCCAGUCAGUCUGAAAUGCAGCAGCAACUAAUGCAGGAGUUUAUCCAAGAAAACAUCCUGGGCACUUCCAUCCGUGGAUCCUGGUUUGAAGGCGUGCAGGACGACCAAAAUAACCCCGACGGCACUUCUACGCAGAAUCUUCAAAUGAUAUCCUUCCCAGCGAAGGUCUGUGACACCACCAGCCCCUCUUUUCUGAUCCGCACAGAAGUUUUGAAACGAAUCCCGCUGGUAUCCUGAGCAAAACCGGGCUGGCCCACACCCCAUAGUCAAGAUAGGAAAUCCGCUAGACAAAUCGGCAAGCUUUGGCUGUUGCGCAUGACGAAUUUAAGGUCGGGGCGUAGUGGUCUUUCGCUAUUGUACCAGCAUCACAGACCUCGCGUAUCAUUCUGAUUCGAGCGUCACAAAAAGCGAAACACCACUAGGGAAUGCUUCUCAUCAUGGGUCUCCGCAUGAGAAACAUUUUACGCAUGCAGAAUCGCAUUACAACUCUGGCGGCGUGGGGACGACGUUUUUACACAGCAUAGCUGGAUCCCUCGAAUAUCAAACACGGGGAUUUACUCGCGCUGGAAUACUUUAUCCGGCUGAAAAAACAACUACCAGUACCGGUGAAAGUGGCGAGCGUAGUAGACGCCGAGAUGGGAUAUCUCGUUGGGGAGGGCAAGGAAACAGCACCUGGUGCCAGCGAAGUACUAGCGGAGCGGAGUGAGCUACAUCAACCAGUAGAUGAGAGUACAGUUUCUAAGUGUACGACUUGCGUUGACGCGGAGACCUUCAUAGGAGACGACGGGUUCUCAACAUCGGGAACAAGCGCAACAACGAAUUAUACACGACGACCCGCCUCCCAUCCUACUAGUAGUGCAACCUCCAAGAACUCGUCCCCAAGAAUGAUAAUUACAGCCGCCUCUAGUAGAACAUCAAGUUCUGCUAUGCUCUACGGCUCUUCCAUCUUCCUGACCGACAAUCCAAGUAAAAUCAAACAACUGGAAUCUCUCUGGCGUGCCCUCGCGGGGAAGAAAUUUGCCGCUGUCACCGACCUACGCGAAGUGGAAUUGCCGCACUUUGCGCAGGGGGAAAUCGGGUUUGGGAGCCUGGAGUCCCGGUUUCAGGAGCAGAGAGAAAUGAUGUUGGCGGAGCAGGAAAGAAUAAAAACGCCAACCAGUGCAGCUAUUCCAGCAAAUAAUAAAAUACAAACAACCCAGCACCACCGUUCCUUCCACCAGGUCACCACGGUUCUGAAUUUCGGGUGCAACCUUUCUAUUGCGAAUUGUGAAAUUCCGCUGUGGGUUUACCGUGGUUGGUCAGCUCCGCCGUGUUGCAGGCGGACGCUGCGCCGGCUGCUGUUCUACAUCACAGACCUCUUCGACAAAGUCGGGAUCCGCUAUUUUUUGACCGACGGGGGAUUGUUAGGGGGAUUGAAGUACCAUUCUCUAAUUCGUUGGGACGCAGACAUUGACUUGCAAAUCCACGGAGAGGAUUUCGACAAGUAUCUGCUUGGGAAAGCAGCAUUACAAACUGGGACUAGCAUCGGGUUUCCGCAUGACAAAUCAAGUAAUCUUACCACAGCAUCAACGACCUUGGAAGAGCAGAUCACGAAAGAUGGUUUUUUUUUGCGCAAACAUCAGACCUCGAAGACACAGUUUCUGCUGCAAGUAUCCUGUGCAAAAGUAUCGUACUCGUAGUAAUCGCAGUCAUGCAUUACAAAUUUCUUUCUCAAGUUAAAUCCGCAUUACUCUCACGCUGGGGAAAUUUGUCAUGCGAUUUAUACUAGCACGAUGCUUUUGCAUUUCAUAGCAAGCGAACGUGAACAACUACCUUUUGAUUGAGCUGAAUAAGCGGGAUUACGACCAAUGGUUCUUCAACGACGACGACGAUGAAAAUGUAGAUGCUGUGGACAUAAAACAAGGCGACGUCAAGACCAGCGAGGUCGUGGAGAAAAGAACUAAAUUACCCGUGGAGGGCAAGCUGUUCGAUGUAGUGUACAAACCAGCAGGGCGAAGAACAGGUUAUCAAAUGUAAAAAUGUCUGGGUCUGGAAGAAUGCCAGACUUGUCAUGCAGGUUUUCCAUGACUCAUGAAGUCUGGUAUGUAGGACAUAGCAUGACAGAUUCUGUGAGAGUUCUAUCGUGCCUAUCCUGCAUGAGAAAUUGCCGCUCGAUUAGGUCAAAAGUGGGCAGCUUUUGGUAAUCACGCAACACAGAUUUUUACAUGAUUCAGAUUUAGCAUGACAAGCUGCUUUGUUCCAGACCCAGACAUUUUUGCAUUCCAUACAGGUAGAAAUACACCAACACCAACUGAGAAGAACGACGAGCAAGAUCAUCAUCUGCACGAGACAACAACGUCCUCACCCGAAGAUGCAAGAAGUGCAACUACAUCUACUUCAGAGACCACGACGUUGAGAGGCCAUCCACUUCGAGCAGAUACCUUCACACCCCUCAAAGCGGUUCGAAACUGGUAUGGCUACGGGUUUCUCGCCAAUCGGCUACGGCACGUGCCCGAAUGGGAGGAAGCGGAGAACCCCUUGUUCUGUGCAACGCCCUAUCACCACAACUGCGCGGAUUUGCUGGCCAGCGCUGCGGUGCCCAGGGUUGUGUUUUGAUAUAAGCCGCGGGGCGGAUGUUGGCGGGAUGGGUGCAACAAUCGUGGGAGAUCCUCGUUGGACCUAGCUGUACUUACAGUUACACCAAAACUCGGCGAGGUGGGGUGAUACCAGAGCACGACGAGAUCGGCUGUUCGUUGUAGACCAUCGGAAGGGCGGUUUUAGUUGAAACAGAGUUCUUGUGGGGUUUAGAACCGACAAAGAGCUCUGCUUGGAACCCUGCCUAGCGAAAAGAUGGUGCGCAGUGCUGCGGGCAUGGAUGAAGAAUUGCGGUCGUGAAGGGGACACGAUGACGGUCGUGAUAUUGAAGGGGAAAAGGCGGUGAUUGUGUAAGUGCUCCAAUUCGUACUUGUGUUUUUGUUUAUUGAUCAUGAGCCACGAAAGUACUCCGACAUAAUUUUUGUGCAGAUGACUUGCUGAACGGCAGCUGUUUUUCUUGCUGUUGGGCAGCCAACAUGCAGCACGGCAUCAGGUUGCCCUAUAUUU